AUGAAUAAAUUUACAUAAACAUUUAGAUAAUAACAUUUAGAAAGUCUCUAUCAAAAAGGAAAAUAAGAUUAUUGUUACAAUGGCUUUAAAAAGAUAGCCUUUCUUUCAUUGAUAAUGAUUCUAAUGCGUUUAAUCACAUUUGGACAACAAAAUAAUGUUAUUGGAAUCUUAAUCACUUCUAGCUUUCUUCUGAUUAUUUUAGUGAUGACAUUUCUAAUAAUUAGAUUUUGUUAAUCAAGUACAAUCUUUUGUAUGAUAUUCAUUAACAAUUUACUCAUCUUGCUAUAAUUAUCAGAUCAAUCAGACUAAAGUAAUUAAUUUAUUCUUGGAACAAAUGUAGCUAUUGCUCAUAUUAGUAUACUUCUGAUCAUAGAUUACAAAUUAACUCUAAUGAGUAUUUUCAUUUAAACUGCUUUAAAAUUAUUUAUUGCUGCUAUUCUUGAUGGCAAUAUUGAUGCAUUUUCUAUCAUACUAUCUAUUUUCUGUCCUUUAUGUUUCAUAUCUAUUGUACAUACUAUUGAAAAACAUAAAAGACUUCUCUUUCUUAGCAAUAAUCAAGGAAAUGAUUGGCGUAUAAUACUUUUAUUAUUUUAGAUUCAUUAUUGCCUUCUAUUAUUACUGAUCCAUUCAUCUUAUUCACAUAUGAUGAAGAAAGAAUGUGUUUUAGAUAUAAAAAUUCAAGUUAAAUUUAUCAUUUCCCAUACUGUGCUAGUGAAUUAUAAGCUGAAGAAAAUUUUAGAUAAUUUCUAAGAAUGGCAUUUAUUGGUUAAAUUUCAUUAGAAUAAUUUAUAUUAAAUAGAAUUGAAAAAUAAACUAAGUUUUUUGAUUUAAAUUAAUUUACACUCAAAUCUAAUCAGUAAGAUUCAACUGAUUUUGAAGAAAGAUCCAUUCUAUUAGCUGAACUUUAUCAUCUAGAAGAUAAUUUCUUAAUUGUUCUUGAAUAAUCUAAAUAAAGAGCUUUAACUUUAUAAUCUACAAAAGAUUAAUUAAUUGAUUUAAUUGGAUAACAUUAAUAGUUAGUUUAAAACUUCCUUAAAAAAUAAGGUUCGAUUAUUAAUCGUUGUAUUUUAAAUUAAUAUAAUAGAAUGCACUUAAUAUAUUAGGUUAAAUUACAUCAUAUGUAUUUCGAGGGUAAAUAUAAAGUAUCUAAUUCAUUCUAAAAACUUUAAUUUGCCUCUGAAACUGUAAACUUAAAUUUCAAAAUUAUAUUUCUUUCUAUGAUUUCAUUAUUCAAAAAAGCUUACAAAGAUUGGAAUUUCUAUUUUGAUUGUUCUGAUACAUAAUAUGAUGUUAUUCAUUAUAAGGAUAUGGCUUAAGAUUUCAUUAUUCAAUUAUUAUAAGUUACACUUAGAAAAACAAAUAAUGAUUACCAAACUUAAACGCGAAUCCUAUUACAUUCUAAAUCUGAAUUGCUAUUUAUUCGUAUUAUAUGUGUUAAUACAUAUUUGCUAGCUGAAAAUUUAAAUAAGAAUUUGGUUGUUAAAUAUUUUUUAAAAUUUCAUUCCCCAGAAACAGAAAUCAAAGUAACUGAAGGAGGAGUAUUUAUCUAAUUAUACAAAGAUGUUUCAAUUUUGAAAUCAUUAGAUAAAUUUGAGAGUUACAAUUGA